AUGUCGGUGCAGCAUUAUCUGGCCUCGCUCUACCAAGCACCAGCGCCCUCGCGACAGGACAGCUGGGACACCGUCGUCUCCAAGUGGGACGCCUCACACCCAAUUUCAGACUCUAUAGAGGAGCCAGCUUUUGGCACUUCCCCGUGGCCCUCAAUUCUCGAUUACCUUCCUGACGUGGGCUCGUUGUCGCUCGAUGCACCAGAGAUACAGCCAGAGUCGUUCUCGUCGUCUACGCUGAAAGACGGCUUGGUCGAUCGACUUCGCGAUUCUCUGAUCAAUCUGUUGUCUUCGCCUCGCUCAAAUGAUGACAUCCAGUCGGAGCUUCUAGAGUUGAUGGGAUUUGAGGGUGACGCCCUCGUCCUGAUCGAAGAGCUGCUCAAACCGGGAACGAGAGAACAGGUUGUGGCCAGCUGCUUGCGUACUCAAGGCGAAACCAAGAAAAGUGUUGUCAGACAGGAGGCCAUCAUCCCGGCCUCCGAUAAACCCAAAUAUAUACCCAACACUAGGAUAGUCGUGAAGGGAAAGUUCAAGGAUAAGAAGAAGGUCUUGGACAUUUCAGACCUGGUCGGGUCCGCUGAGGAUAUCAGCAAGAGACUGCAGCAGCAAGUGGAAGGGCCAAAGGCCAUGUUCUCUGAAGACGGUCCUCGUAUGGUGGAGCAAGAGGUCCUGCCUCAUGUCUAUACGGCCACAGGGUCGAAAAGUAUACCCUUGUCGCACGGUGGAAAGUUUGCCUUGCCAGAGGGCACCAGGAGAUCCUACACCGAUAUCUAUGAGGAGGUUGUCAUACCGCCUGCCAACGCUGUACCACCUAAGAGCUGGGAGCGCCCUGUCAAGGUCGCCGAUCUUCCCAGACUGGCCAGGGGUUGUUUCCCUAGCUACGUGCAACUCAACAGGAUGCAAAGUAUCGUGCAGCCCACCGCUAUGACUACCAACGAGAAUAUGCUCAUUUGUGCGCCCACUGGUGCCGGUAAAACCGAUGUUGCCAUCAUGGCCAUCCUUAGGGUUCUAUCGCAACAUAUCGUUGAGGGCUCGACCUCGCACCCUUCAGGCUUCAACAUCGACCGCAACGCCUUUAAAAUCAUCUACGUCGCCCCAAUGAAGGCCCUCGCCGCAGAGAUCGUGGCAAAAUUCUCCAAGCGCUUGGCUUGGCUGAAUAUCAGGGUCCGAGAGUUGACUGGUGACAUGCAAUUGACAAAGCAGGAGAUCGAGGAGACCCAAAUCAUCGUGACGACCCCGGAGAAGUGGGAUGUAGUAACUCGAAAACCGACUGGAGAAGGGGAGUUGGCUUCCAAAGUCAAGCUUCUGAUUAUCGACGAAGUGCACUUGCUGGCAGAAGACCGAGGUGCGGUGAUCGAAACUAUCGUAGCCAGAACUCUGAGACAAGUCGAGUCCAGUCAAUCCCUAAUUCGUAUCGUCGGUCUCAGUGCCACCCUGCCAAACUACGUCGAUGUUGGCGAUUUUCUGAGGGUCAACCGCUACCAAGGUCUGUUCUACUUUGACGCAUCAUUUCGUCCUGUUCCACUGGAGCAGCAUUUCAUUGGAAUCGCCGGAAAACCUCGAUCUACAGUGUCUACCCGAAACAUGGACAAGGCUGUAUUCGAACGGGUGGCCGAGCUCGUGGAAGAAGGACAUCAAGUCAUGGUAUUCGUUCACGCUCGACGAGAAACUGUCAAGACUGCCACAACUCUCAAGGAAAUGGCAGCCGAGGAAGGGAUUUCAACCUUCUUCCAGGCCGACACCAACCCUAAAUUCGGUAACCAUCGCCAGGAAAUGUCAAGAUCAAAGAACAAGGAGUUGAAGGAACUUUUUGACGCUGGAUUCGGUAUCCACCAUGCCGGUAUGCUGAGGUCGGACAGGAACAUGGUAGAGAAGAUGUUUGGCGAUGGCUGCAUCAAUGUGCUUUGCUGUACUUCAACUUUGGCAUGGGGUGUCAAUCUGCCCGCCCAUGCGGUCAUCAUCAAGGGUACACAGGUCUACGAUAGCAGCAAAGGUGCUUUCCAGGACCUUUCGGUUCUGGAUGUUCUUCAGAUCUUUGGUCGCGCUGGUCGGCCAGGGUAUGCUACCAGCGGUGUCGGAUACAUAUGUACCACCCACGACAAGGUUGAUCAUUACGUGACGGCCGUCAUGUCGCAAACUCCGAUUGAAUCUAAGUUCAUUCCCGGUAUGACUGAUUCCCUGAAUGCCGAGAUCGCCUUGGGUACCAUCGCAAAUGUGCAAGAGGCUAUGCAAUGGCUGAGUUAUACUUAUCUCUUUGUUCGAAUGAAGAAGAAUCCUUGGGUCUAUGGUAUGGCAUACGACGUGACCAAGGAUGACCCUCAAUUGGGCAACAAGCGUAAUGAGCUCAUUAUUCAAGCGGCGCGUCUUUUGCAAAAAGCUAGGAUGGUCCGAUACGAUGACCUUCAAAAUACGUUCGGCAUCACUGAUUUGGGUCGGAUUGCUGCCAAGUACUACCUUCACUUUACUACGAUCGAGAUCUUUAACGAAAAGUUCAAUCCCAAGAUGAGCAAUGCGGACUUGUUCCAGAUGCUCUGUGAAGCCGAUGAGUUUGAACAAAUUCAAUUGCGUGAGAGUGAGGUGGAAGAGUUGGAAUCCAUCAUCAGUAGCGGAGUGAUUCCCUUGGAGGUCGCCGGCGGUGCCAUCAACAAGCGGAACAAGGUCAACAUCCUGCUCCAAGCGCACAUCUCGAAUGUCUACCUCAAUGAUUUCGCUUUGGUCUCGGAUGCUGCUUUCGUUUCUCAGGCAACUUAUGUCUUACAGAAUGCUGGCCGUAUCAUUCGUGCUCUGUUGGAGAUUGCUUUGAGUCGACAUUGGGCUAACUGCGCCUAUCUCCUGGUCGAACUCAGCAAAUGUAUCGAGCGCCGACAAUGGGUCUACGACCACGGUCUGGCCCAGCUGAAGGUCCUCCAGCGCGAAGUCAUCCACAAACUUUCGCAAUAUACUCCUGACGACAUGACAAUUGCCGACUUCCGUCACAUGUCUGCUCAGGAAAACGGAGAGUUCAUUCAUAUGAACGAGAGACACGGGAAAGCGGUAUUGGAUGCCGCCAUGAUGUUCCCAACUGUCAACCUGACCCAUACUCUGCGGCCGAUCACCCAUGAUCUGCUGCAAAUCAGUGUCAAGGUAGCGCCGCAGUUCAAAUGGAACGCGAAGAUUUCGGGCAGCAGCGAGCCCUUCUACGUCUGGGUACAAGAUGAGCAAGGCCUUAAUAUCUAUCAAUGGCGUAGCGUCCGCCUCACACCUGCUACCAGCGUGAUCGAUAUUGACUUCUUCCUGCCCUUCGAUGAUGUGCCUCCGGACUCGAUAUCGCUUGUUGGAGUGUCAGAUAAAUGGUUGUGGUCUUACGAGCUGGCGUUCAUACAGCUCAGCGGUCUCACUAUGCCUCCUCCGCCAACGCCGCCCACCGAGAUGUUGGGCUUACCUUUCCUGAAGCUUUCCUGUUUCAUGGACCCCGCCCUUGAACAACGCUACUCGCGAACUAUCGAUACUCUGAAUUCCAUUCAAAGUCACGCAUUCUGGGUGCUCUACAACACUUGUGUCAAUGCGCUUGUGUCUGCACCUGUGGGGAGUGGGAAGUCACUACUUGGGGACGCUGCCAUCUGGAACGUCUUCCGGCAUAACAGGGAUGCAGUCGCGGUUGUUGUCGUUCCGGAGCGCUAUAUGGCUCACGAGACAGUCGCGCGCCUCCGGGAUCUGUGUCCCCCAAAGCGAAAGGUCAACAUCAAAUCACUGAUUGAUCCUGCGGAUUUCAAAGAAGUUCUGUCGGGCGGAGCUGCUAUUGGCGUUACAACUCCUUACGCCAUCCUCAACAAUGGAAACAUCGACAGCUUCCUGUCCAAUAGUCGUCUUGCCCUCUUCGUCCUCGAAGACCUGCACCUUCUGGACGAACUCUAUGAGCUGGCGAUAUCCAAAAUUUUGUCGUUUGCGAAGCCCGCCAGGACUAGGAUUGUCGGUCUCACUUCUUCGCUCAACGACCCGUCUGAUCUCGCCGAGUGGUUGGGUCUUGACCCUGGGCCUCUCGACCAGUGGGACAAACCUGUGACCUCACAGCCUCCUGCGCUGUUCAGCUUUCGUCCCUCUGACCGAGGAAAUCACAUUUCCGUGUCGAUCAAACCUUUCACCAUCCCUCAUGGCCCUACCUUCAUCAGGUCUAUGGUGAAACCCACUUAUGAUAUUCUCAAGACCUCUCCCGGGGGCGCCAUCAUAUUUGCACCGUCUAUCCCUGCGUGUGCCUCUGUGGCUUCGGAUCUGGUCACGCAGUCCGGGACAGAGAUGGAUCUGAAUGGCUUCUUGUCCCGCCCUCGCGAGGAGGUGGAGCCCUUUGCUGAGAGACUCAGAGACGAUGCUCUGUUUGAGCCCAUUCUUCAUGGCAUUGGCUUCAUCACACGGAACAUGGCUCCGACCGACCUCGCCAUCGUCCUCGAACUCUUUGCCAGUGGUAUCAUCAAAGCUAUCAUUGUUCCCCGUCAAUCGUGCUGGACUUUACCCGUCCGCGGGCAGACUGUCAUCCUCAUGGGUGCGCAGUACGUGCGUAUCACAGGCGACAAGAUCUCUAGCAAAGACGCCAAAUUUAGGAACGAAAAGCACAUUGUCAACUACUCUCAACAAGAGCUGGUCAAGAUGCAAGGUUUCGCGGUGGGCUCUGCUGCUCCUGCUGCUCCUGGCGGACAGAUGUUUGUCAUGUGUCAAGGCGAGCAGCAAAUCAUGAUCUCGCGCAUCUUGAAAGAAGGCCUACCUCUCGAGUCAAAGAUUAUCGAUCUGCUCAACCGGCAUUCUGCCCCUUCGUACACUGUCGAUCCCCGUGCCGUUCAGAUCUUGACCAACAUGUUUAGGGGCCGUCGUCCACCCCCUCGGGCAACUGUUGACCGACCUGGCCGGCCAGACGGAAGAAAGGCAGAUUUGAUGGACAUUGUUGGCUACACCUUCUUGUCUGUGCGAGGGAAAAGCAACCCGAGCUAUUAUCAGCUGUCCAAGGGUGAAGAAGCCGAGACGAUAUCAAGAGCGGUAGAUAAGUGGUUUGAGGCGAUGGAUGGACUGAAGGUGUACACGGUAGAGGAGACGAGGAAGCAGGAUCUGGAGGCGGCUCAGACGGAGAGCGGGGGCCAGGCAAACGACGAGAAUGGCGAGGAAGCUUCGGUGAAGGGGUCGGAAGAUGCAUUCGAGGUUAAUGGUGACGCCGCAGAAGCUGGAAAGGUAUAA